CGGAUAAUACCCUGAAUUCACCUAGUUCGUCUCUCUCUCCUCCUCCCCUCUUUCGCUGCGAGUCUACUUCCACAAUCAAACUCAAGAACCCUAACAGAACCCUUAUUGCAAAAUUGGGUGAUUUUUUUAGUCAACAGACUCGUCUAUUGAAUCAAUUCGAACCCUUUUCUUCGUUUCCUGUAAUCACUCCAGACAAACCCUAAAAUAUCCUCGCCAAUUUUGUCGUGAAGAAAACCAAGUGGAGCUUGAUCAAUUGAUGGUUAGUUUUUACAGUUACAUAUAUUUAUUCUUCUUAUAAUGUCUUAGUUUUUGUUAAUUCCAUAGAAAAAACCCUAGAGCAGGAGAAAACUAUAGUAAGUUAUUACUAAUGGAGUUCGAACCGUUGAAUAUGGAUAACGAAGGUUUUGAGAUAGAUUUAGCUUUAGGAGACGAUGCAGUUGAUAUUGUUCAUCCUGUUGAUGACGAAGAAAUGGUUGAUAGUUCAGCAAGUAGGGAAUAUUACAUUCCUGAAGGAGAUACUAAUCUUGAACCUUAUGAGGGUAUGGAAUUUGAGUCUGAAGAAGCAGCUAAAGCGUUUUAUAAUUCGUAUGCUCGUCGUGUGGGAUUUAGUACCCGUGUUAGUAUGUCUAGACGAUCAAGGCGAGAUGGGGCGAUAAUUCAAAGAUCAUUUGUGUGCGCCAAAGAAGGUUUUCGUGUAGAUAGAGAAAAGCCAGGAAGUGAUGGUAAGGUUAAACGACCUCGUGCUGUAACUAGAGUAGGAUGUAAAGCUAUAAUGGCUGUAAAGAUACAGAAUUCUGGGAAAUGGGUUGUAUCUACAUUUGAAAAAGAACAUAAUCAUGAAUUGGUUCCCCCUGAUAAAGUUCAUUGUCUGCGUUCUCAUAGACAUGUAUCAGGUGCUGCAAAAGCUCUUAUUGAUACAUUACAGGGAGCUGGUAUUGGUCCCAGUGGAAUAAUGUCUGCUUUAAUUAAAGAAUACGGUGGAAUUAGCAAUGUUGGAUUUACAGAGAGAGAUUGUAGAAAUUAUAUGAGAAGUAGUCGGCAGAGGACUCUUGGGGGUGAUACUCAGAUUCUUUUGGAUUAUCUGAAGCAGAUGCAAGCUGAAAAUCCUUCAUUUUUCUAUGCAGUGCAGGGCGAUGAAGAGCAGUAUAUGAGCAAUAUUUUCUGGGCUGAUGCAAAAGCCAGGAUGAAUUAUGCUUUUUUUGGUGAUACAGUGACUUUUGACACAACUUUCAGAACUAAUCGGUAUAGGUUGCCAUUUGCUCCAUUCACGGGAGUAAAUCAUCACGGACAACCCGUCUUGUUUGGUUGUGCUUUGCUUAUAAAUGAAUCAGAAGCUUCGUUUAUGUGGCUAUUUAAGACAUUCCUUACUGCAAUGUCAGGUCAACCUCCUGUAUCAAUUACUACUGAUCAUGACAGGGUUAUACGCUCAGCCAUCACCCAGGUAUUACCGGACACCCGUCAUCGUUUCUGCAAGUGGCACAUCCUCAAAGAAGCCCAAGAGAAGUUGUCCCAGGUAUUUCUUCAGCACCCACAUUUCGAAGCAGAAUUUCACAUGUAUGUGAACCUGACCGAGUCAAUUGAGGAAUUUGAAUCUUGUUGGUUGGCUCUGAUAGAUCGUUAUGAUCUGAGGGAUCAUGAAUGGCUUCGAUCUGUAUAUGCUGAUAGGCGGCAAUGGGUCCCUGUGUACCUGCGUGACACAUUCUUUGCUGAAAUGUCCAUAACGCAGCGUAGUGACAGUAUAAACUCAUAUUUUGAUGGGUAUGUGAAUGCAUCGACGACCCUGCAGCUAUUUGCUAAGCAGUACGAGAAAGCCCUUGAGCAUCGGUAUGAGAAAGAAGUAAAAGCAGAUUAUGAAACUAUUAAUACUACCCCUGUUUUGAAGACCCCGUCACCUAUGGAGAAGCAAGCGGCAGAGCUUUACACGAGGAAGUUAUUUAUAAAAUUCCAGGAGGAGUUGGUAGAGACCCUUACUUUCUCAGCAACGAAGAUGGAUGAUGAUGGACCAAUGACUACUUAUCGAGUGACCAAAUUUGGGGAAGAUCACAAGGCUUACUUUGUUAGGUUGAACGCCCUCGAGAUGAGAGCAACUUGUAGUUGUCAGAUGUUUGAGUUUUCUGGUCUUCUUUGCAGGCAUGUUUUGACGGUCUUUAGAGUGACGAAUGUUCUUACUCUCCCUUCUCAUUAUAUUCUGAAAAGGUGGACUAGGAAUGCCAAGAGUGGUGUUAUACUAGAAGAACGUUCUAGUGAUCUGUUGAUUAGUUGUCGGGAAUCUGCUACUGUACGCUACAAUAAUUUGCGUCACGAGGCUUUGAAAUAUGUAGAGGAAGGGGCAAAGAGUAUGGACGUCUAUACGGUUGCAAUGGAGUGUCUUCAAGAGGCUGCAAAAACUGUUGCUUUAGCAAAAAAGAACGGUGGAAGACUACCUAUAGCAAAUGGAAGUAGCGGAGCUGAGGGUGUUACUGAUGGAAGCUUCAGCAGUGGAGGUCUACAAUGGGGUUCCGGAGAACCUUUGUCGGGGGAUGAAAAGGACAAGAAGAUUCAGGAGUUAAACUAUCAACUAAGCCGUGCAAGUCGUAGGUGUGACGUGUACCGAGCAAACUUGCUAACGGUUUUGAAAGAUAUCGAAGAACAGAAACUACAAUUGUCCGUGAAAGUUCAAAAUAUAAAGAUUGGUAUGAAAGAGUGAGGUGGUUAGUUAGUAAUCCAUUGUUCCCAAUUUUAUUUUAUUAUUAUGAUAGUUUAGGCACAGUGUGAUUGGCGACGUGUUUUUUUUCUACUGAAAGUUAAAUCUUAUAUCUAUCAAAAGGAAAAUUACAUGAGGCUGUC